AGCUGGUCGCAUAAUUUCCUUAUUUUGACGCCACAUAUCUCGGAAAGUCGACCAACGUUAUUGUAGCCGACCCAUACACGGAAAGACAAACGAAGGCGUAUUUGUCGUUACAUGGGCUACUGGGAAAUAAUGGAAAACACAUCAAAUAGUCACUCCAAAGUAGUCCCUGAAGUUAAGGAAGACUGCUCAAUUUGCUUGGACAAGAUUCAAGAGAUGAAAUCCUUGAAGUGCCUCCACUCUUUUUGCUCAGAAUGUAUCGACUCGCUUUUCAAGUUUAAGCCUGCUUGUCCAAUAUGCAACACUUACUACGGAGAGUACACGGGAACCCAGCCGGAAGGCACAAUGACGGUGUCCCGCAUCUGGCAGCACUUACCUGGCUUUGAAGACUGUGGGACAAUUGUCAUACAGUACAGCUUCCCAGCAGGGAUUCAAGGGCCUGAGCAUCCAAACCCUGGAGUGAGAUACAGCAGGACCUCGCGUACAGCCUUCCUGCCAGCCUGUGAGGAGGGUGAAAAAGUCCUGAGACUGCUGAGGAAAGCCUUCGACAGGAGACUGACCUUCACCGUUGGACAAUCUGUAACCACUGGCCUCAACAACGUCAUCACCUGGAAUGACAUUCACCACAAGACCAACAUGGAAGGUGGUCCACAAUGUUUUGGAUAUCCAGACCCAAAAUAUUUAUUCAGGGUUCAAGAGGAGCUUCGUCUAAAAGGAGUGACCGAGGAUGACUGAUGGAUGAAGACAGUCGCAGCACUUCUUCAAAUACUUGAAGUAUUGCCUUGUUUUUUAAAAUUAAGUUUCUGAUUUAAGUUUUGCACUUUUUCUAACUCCAAGUAUGGAGUUCAAGUAUUUGCACUUUUUAGAGUUAUGGAAUUAUUUUUAUUGAGACAUGAACGUUUUUUUUUCAACUGACAUCAUAAAAAAAGAUAUAAUACACAUAAUGCAAUUUGUUUUAAAAAGAAAGAUUAUGCUGCAGUAGGUGAGUGAAAGGGGUUUUACUUCUGAUCGUCAGACUUCAGUCAUGUUAACCAGAUAUCAUCUUCUAUAAACAGCCUUCACUUGUUUUUCUUUACAAUUGACAGAAAAAGAUUGUUAAAAACAGAUGAAAUAAUCAUGAGGAUUAAGUUGAGUAAAACACAAACUGCAACAUCAAAUAUUAAGUUUGUUAGCUGUUUUUUUUAUGUAUAAAAAUGGUUAGUUCAAGUUUCCUAAGGAGAUAUUGUAUAUGUAUUAUAGAUAAAUGAUAGAUCAAAGGAUAUACAACGAACAAAAAUAUAAACGCAACGCUUUUGUUUUUACUCCAGUUUUUUCACUAUCCCUGCUGGCCACAGCCUUUGAACAUCUAACAACUUUCUCUUGUCGACAUACCUGCUCCACUUCCAACUUCCUUCUUUAAUGGGAACGUGUUCCACACCAGUCUGCAUGAGAAAAGCCCCUCUGGCCUUCUUGCAUGAUACCUGCAAUCUCUGAAUGCCUAAGAGCUCCUGCUUCCUGUACUGCACGUCUUGGGUUCCAUUUCCUCCGUCUAGUUUUGGAAUUUGGGACCAAAUUACUAAUUACCACGUCUUUGCUCCCUGAUAGCAACAACUCUGUCCUGGCCUUCGCACACUUGAACCAACCUCACAAGCCUUUCCACCUUUGUUACCAUCUGUACUUCAUAAACUGACAGUGGCCACACAAGUCCAGGGAAUUUUCCAAACUGCUAACACUUAUUUUAUGUAAAAAAAAAGAAAAAGAACAAGGCUUCAGUGCUUUGAUUAGUCUCAGUUGUAGGAUGAUAACUGUAGCCUAAAUAUUUAAUUAAAUAUCUUCCAUGGUCUUAUUUUAGACUACAAUUCACACAGGAUGACAGUGUGGUUUUGCGGUCUCUCUCCAUCGUCACCUCUGACUAUCUCAGCGUUCUGAUUGAUCAGAGUUUUAUGCAAGUUGAUCUCUAUCUCGAACAUAAAAUGCUGCAGAGCAGGUUAGGUGUUCAGCAUGAGUUACCAUGGCAGUUUAUGUCAGUAGAAAGUGAACCACCUUCAUAGUACUAAAAAAGACAGAGUUAACCCUGAAGUAACCUUGAUUAUCACAAACGAUGGUCCUUUUUUCCGCAGGAUGUUGUAGAUUAUCCUGCCACCUUUGUGAUGUGGACUCUCAUACACAACAACAUGCUCGAAAAAGGGUUGGAAAUAGAGUUUCUUCCACACAUCAACCUUUGUUCUUCUGCACAUACAGGUCAGUUCAGAACCAUGACCAGUUCACAUGAGAGUCUGUUACAGGCCACAUUUAUAAAGUCAUGUGAACAGCCAAUCAAACAAAAAAAAUCUGAAUUGAGCAUUAAGGCUUGUUAUUUGUACGUAGCCUUUUGAAACAUUUCAGCUACACCUUUCUAAAUAGUUUGCCAGCAUCUGUGCAACUUUACUAAGAGAGAAUAUUACCUUCUGCAUUCAUUGAUAUAUUUGGAAACUGUAGACUCUUGCACCUUGGCCUUAGGAUUCCCCUUGCUCUACACCUCGGCGGUAUUAUUUGUUACACCCAUACCACUCUUAGUAAUCUCUACUGAAUGUUAGUCCAUCAGGUGGACUCCAUUUGACUCUGGUUCAGAAGAAGCCUUUGCUCAUCUUAUAACAGCCUCAACUUCCUUCCACCUAGGUGGCCUAAUAUCUAUAUUUAACUCUUUGUUUCCUAACAGAUGUAAAUCAGGAGGAAGGCCUAUUUCUCUGUUCUUUCCUGGAUCUGAGUGCGUCUCUUUGAAGUGUUUCUCUACCCCUUGUUUUGAUGCUUUCUUGUCCUCCAUUUUCUUGGCCUAACAUUCAUUUAACAAACUUGAAGGAAAUUCAAUGGAUUGCAUGUUAUUCAUUGGAAUGUACUUGGUCACUGUAAUUUUUAGAUUUUAUAUUUUUAAUAUACAUAAUACUGCUUCUGUUCAUAGUAUAUGGUGCAGAGGACCAAUCAAGUUAGAAAGUAUUCACAGACACAAGCAGAGUUUUGUUUUUGUACUUUUAUGGGAUAUGUUGAUCAUAAUAAAGCCAUAAAGAAUACUGCUGGUCUUAUCCUAUAGCACAUCCAUCAUAUUCAUUAUUUACAUGGCAGAAGUCAACAUACUGUAUUAAAAGAAUUGUCACUCAAAAGAAGUGUCAGGAGAGACCAUGCGUUAAGCUCCAUUAGUACAAAAAUCAGCGUUUAUUUUUUCCAGCCAUUGACCACUAGAGGGCGAUGCUCUCCUGGAAGAAGCCUACGAUAGCGUCCACUUGUUAUGCAUCUGUAUCAUCGCUACAGCCCAACAGUGGCACAGCACCUCCCAAAACUCCUCACACUAAUCGAUGAGAGGAGAAGAUCAUCCUCUGUAGAUGAUGAGUCAUGUGUUUCUAUUAUGCUUAGGGAAGUUAGCAGCAGUGACUAUCACUUUUUGUAUCGUUAUCACCUUGUGAUUAACUAUACUAUCAUCACUUGGCUUCUAAUAGUAGUACACAUACUGGUAGAGAUUAUACAUGUACAGAUGGAUACAUUUUCAAAAUAAAGGAAUAACAUUGACAGACAGACACAUUUUCAAAAUAAAGGUUGAUAAAAGCUAAAUAAUUAAACGAUUUCCCAGCAAUACCAGUACAAAUUAAUCAGAACAUUUUGCAAGGAGACAGCCACUUCUUUGUCUCAAUCCAGCAAAGCAGGCCACACUUUUAUUUCUCUUUAUAUUUGGCCUUAUGUUCGGCUCCCAUUAACAAAUUACAACUGAAUCAAAAUAAUACUACGAGCUGAUCUUCUACAACAGUACUGAGUUAUAGGACCAGGGAAUACCUUUAACCCCUAGUGUUCAUAUUUCAUUAGAAAAAGUGCAUAUGUGACUAGGCAGCUACUGGCCUGGGCCUCUUUAGCCCAUUGGUGAUUAGCUGCUGGGGGCAUUUCUGUGGCUUAUAGGAUGCCAGGGCAUCUGCUGCUCUCACAGACCAAGACCCAUCUGGUCAAACGUAGCAUCCUCCCAACCUCCCCCUUCUCGCCUUUUUCUCCCAUAAUUCAUCAACCCAGCCCGAGCAUUUCACAUCGACAUCCCUUUCCUCUCUCAGCCCUUUAACCAUUUCCUAUUAAUUGUCUGUAGUUGACAGGCUUUCUCUCCGAUCAUUUUCCUUUCUGCUGUUCUGAUUGAAUGGGAAACACGCACAACUGCAUGAACUUUCUGUUCCAUAUAAGCAUGUCGUUUACAUAGUGACAGACUGGAGCAAUGAACAUACUCAGCAGACAGAGAGGAUAUCUCGCAAUAUGACGAACAUGUCUACAACUUAAAAAUCCCCUUUCAGUUCAGUGCAUGUAACCUACAUUUGAACAUAAAGAUAUAACAUGAAGGAGAAGAGCGUUUCCAAUAGAAAUAAAACCCUCUGAUCUGAGUGUAUUUCUUCAGGCAUGUUUGAUUCAAAUAAAAAUUGUAUACCUGAUUAAACUAGAAAUAAAAUGA